AAAAAUCGGGAGAAGGGUCCAACGAAGAACAUAGACGAGACGACAUCGACAUCCCUUCUCCCUCCUUCCUCCUUCCUCCUCUUCAAUCCCUUCACAGUCUGAGCAAAUCCCACUCCCAAAAUUCCGAUUCCCCCUGCAACCCUAACCCUCCCCCGCCAAGAAUGAGCCCAUAAUGGGAAGGAAGCGGCGGAGAAAGGGCCCCACCGAAGCCGCAGAUCCCGUCAACGUCUUCGGCCGCGUCCUGUCCCCUGACACCGGCAGGGAGUUGGGCUCCGUCCAGUUCGCUGACUUCCGGAGUUUAGAUAUUGAUCCAACUAGCGCAGAGAUGUCUGGGAAAGUUUAUCCCGUGGGUGUGGUAUGUACGAGAAAUAUUAUGAAUGGAGAAGGUGGAGGAGACGCUGGACUUGAGCCGUUUGUAGGUAUGGAGUUUGAUUCAGCUGAUGAUGCUCGUGACUUUUAUAACUUGUACGCUGCACGAGUGGGAUUUAAAAUGAGGAUCGGUCAACUUUACCGAUCGCGAGUCGAUGGAUCCGUUUCAAAUAGGAGAUUUGUGUGCUCGAAGGAGGGGUUCCAGAUCAACUCAAGAACUGGCUGCCCAGCUUUCAUUAGGGUGAAGAAGUGCGAUUCUGGCAAGUGGGUCAUCGACCAGUUCGCUAAGGAUCACAAUCAUGAGCUUGAACCUUCUGGUGAGGACCAAUCGGUCAUAUUAGAGGCCAAAACCCCGUUGAGAAACAACCCGAUCGUUGAUGUGCCUCACAGGCCACGUACUAAGCUGCUAGAUGUAGUUAAUCCCAAACGUGCGAAAAUUGUUCCUGAUGUAGGACAGGAUAAGAUCGAACCAUGUAUUGGUUUAGAGUUCAAUACUGCUAAUGAGGCCUACCAGUUUUAUAAUGUCUUUGCUAUGAAGACGGGGUUUAGGGUUCGGAUUGGUCAGCUGUUUCGGUCAAAGCUUGAUGGGUCAAUUACUUCUAGGAGGUUUGUGUGCUCGAAGGAAGGUUUUCAGCACCCAUCGAGAGUUGGUUGUGGCGCAUUUAUGAGGAUAAAGAGGCAAGAUAAUGGGACUUGGGUUGUGGACCGUCAUCAGAUGCAUCAUAACCACGAGCUCGAACUUCAAAUGGAAUCGAGUAGAAGCCUUUCAUCGAAGAAACUUGUUGAAGAGAUUAAUGGAGGAUUACUGGAUAAGGAUGAAACAGUUGUAGCAAGUGCUGUGAGACCAAGGAAAGCACAACAUAGGGCAAAUAACAUAGAGAGUGAUUGGUACAAUGUGCUUCUCAAUUAUUUCCAGGGCAAACAAGCUGAGGACACGGGAUUUUUCUAUGCCUUGGAAAUUCAGAUGGGCCGCUCCCGCAGUAUUUUCUGGGCUGAUGGUAGGUCAAGAUUUUCGUGCAGCCAAUUCGGGGAUGCUGUUGUAUUUGAUACAUCCUAUAGGAGCGGGGAUUAUUCCGUACCUUUUGCUACUUUCACCGGCAUUAACCAUCACAAGCAACCUGUGCUCCUUGGUUGUGCCCUAAUUGCUGAUGAGUCCAAGGAAACGUUUGCCUGGCUGUUCGAGACAUGGGCUCGUGCAAUGUCAGGGUGCCGUCCCAAGUCCAUAAUAGCGGAUCAAGACAAGGCCAUCCGUGAAGCGAUAGCACAAGUAUUCCCAGGGACCCAUCACCGGUUCUCGGCGUGGCAAAUGAAGGCGAAGGAAAAUGAGAACUUGGGCUCUUUGAGUGGAAACUUCAAGUACGAGUACGACAGGUGCAUCUAUCAGAGUCAGACGACUGGUGAGUUUGAUUCCGCAUGGAACACUCUUCUGCACAAAUACAACUUGGUGGGUAACGAGUGGCUGAAGCUUAUGUACGAGUACCGUGAGAACUGGGUCCCCCUGUACCUACGUGGGACGUUCUUUGCUGGCAUCCCCGUGAACGGGAGUCCUGAUGCUUUCUUUGGGGCAUUUUUGAGUGCUCAAACUCCACUGAGGGAGUUUGUUCCUAGAUACGAACGAGCUCUUGAGCAGCGACGUGAGGAAGAAAGAAAGGAAGACUUCAACUCAUUUAACCUCCAGGCAUUCUUACAGACUAGCGAACCGGUGGAGGAGCAGUGUAGAAGGCUGUACACCCUUGCAAUCUUCAAAGUCUUCCAAAAAGAGAUCCUACAGAGCUACGGCUUCCUGGGGUCAAAGAUCUAUGAGGAAGGGCCAAUCUCCAGGUACUUGGUUCGAAGAGGCGGGGCCACGGAGAUUGAGAAGCACAUUGUGACAUUCAACGCAUCAGAUCUUGAGGCGAGCUGUGGUUGCCAGAUGUUCGAAUCAGAAGGGGUUCUCUGCAGACAUGUCCUGAGGUUGUUCCAGAUGUUGGAUGUGAGGGAAAUACCGUCACGGUACAUUCUGCACAGAUGGACGAGGAACGCAGAGUAUGGAGGAAUCGCCCGGGAUAUUGAGUCAGGAAUCAGCUCUCAGGAGCAGCUUAAGGCAAUGAUGAAGUGGAGCCUCCAGGAAAUGGCCUCCAGGUUUGUCGAGUCGGGGAUAUCGUCCUAUGAAAACUACAAGCUCGCAUACGAGAUUAUGAGAGAUGGUGGCAGGAAACUCUGCUGGCAAAGGUAAGUGUUCGUUCAAAUGUGUGAGCAGCCUCAAAGAUAAGAUCUUGUGGAAAUCGAAUCCAGUUCCUGGAAGUCGAAAUAUGUGAAUACUGCAGUCCCUUGGAAUUGGCUAAUUUAUUUCUGUCUUCUUUUUUUUUUUUCCGUUUUUCUGUUUUUCGACUAGAGUUUCUGUUUUUCUUUUUUUCCAUAUGUAAUGGAAGUGCAGUGUAUAUGGGGAUUAAACUUUUUGCCACUUCUCUCCCUUAAAUAGUUAAUGGGAAAUCCUUCUCACUUAAUAUGGGAUUAAGCGUCUUUGAGAUCA